UGGCACAGGGCCUCUCCUCACUAUGGCAGCAGCACGGCACGGCACGCUCGACUUGAAGCUCGGCGCCAAAGCUGAUGGCGAGACCAUUCUAAAAGGCCUCCGGUCCAUUUUCCAGGAGCAAGGGAUGACGGAGUGGGUGCACGACUGGCAAGACCACGGUUAUCUAGCGACCUACAUCAACAAAAACGGCAGCUUUGCCAGUUUGAGAAUUUACCCACAUGGAUUGGUUUUGUUGGAUCUUCAGAGUUAUGACGGUGAUUCGCAAGGCCAAGAAGUUGACAGUCUUUUGAACAAAGUAGAAGAAAGAAUGAAAGAAUUGAGUCAGGACGGUGCUGUGCGGGUGAAGUGAUUACCAUCCAUAACGGGAGGAGCUAUCGACAGAUACUGGCCCACUGCUGAUGGUCGCCUGGUUGAGUAUGACAUAGAUGAAGUGGUGUAUGAUGAAGAUUCACCUUAUCAGAACAUUAAAAUUCUACACUCGAAGCAAUUUGGAAAUAUUCUCAUCCUUAGUGGGGAUGUUAAUCUGGCAGAGAGUGAUUUGGCGUAUACCCAGGCCAUCAUGGGCAGUGGAAAAGAAGACUACAGUGGCAAAGACGUGCUGAUUCUUGGGGGUGGAGACGGGGGCAUAUUAUGUGAAAUAGUCAAACUGAAACCAAAGAUGGUCACUAUGGUAGAGAUUGACCAAAUGGUGAUUGAUGGAUGUAAGAAAUACAUGUGGAAAACAUGUGGCAACGUCUUAGACAAUCUUAAAGGAGACUGCUAUCAGGUUCUAAUAGAAGACUGUAUUCCAGUACUGAAGAGGUAUGCCAAAGAAGGGAGAGAGUUUGAUUAUGUGAUUAAUGAUUUGACAGCCAUUCCAAUCUCCACCUCUCCAGAAGAAGAUUCCACAAGGGAGUUUCUCAGACUGAUUCUUGACCUCUCAGUGAAAGUACUGAAACAGGAUGGGAAAUACUUUACACAGGGUAACUGUGUCAGUUUGACAGAAGCCUUGUCGCUCUAUGAAGAACAGCUCGGGCGCCUGUAUUGUCCUGUGGAAUUCUCAAAGGAGAUCGUCUGUGUUCCUUCACACUUGGAACUGUGGGUAUUUUACACUGUUUGGAAGAAAGCUAAACCUUGAAGACCAAUCUCUCCUAAUCAUGUAUGCUGCAAAUAGCCUUCCUGACCUUCAUAUGCUGUACAUGACAUCGAAAUGAGUCAGGCAGUUGAUUGUGAUUUCCUUCAAGUUUUCUUUUUUUAAUUAUUAUUUUUAAUUUAAACAAAGCAAAUGGAAACUGUAUGUUUUGAUGCGCUAGGGUGUUAAUUUUUUUGAAAGUCAGCUGAAGGAUGAUUAGACAGCACAGCGAAGGCUGCUAAAUGCACUGAACCCCUAGAAUGUGAUUUUUGUUACUUUUUGUGUGUGUGCGUGGGGGGGCUUUUUGUUUUUGUCUUGGUAGACUUCGAAUUUGGUUGUUUGGAGGAAUGAACAUCAUUGUUUUGUUCUGGAGGGAAGUUCUUUGAUGGUGUUUCUUUCCCCCCAAAUUGACUUAGCUAUUAAAAUUUGGUGCUUAUAAGAAAGAGUUAAGAAAAAAAUGAA